UGGAGUUUGUGUCCCGAGACGUCUCGAGGCGGCCGCCACGUGCUUUUUGUCUAAAUCUCGACGAGCUUUCGAAUUUUUAAAUUAUGUGUGAUGAUAGAAAAAAUGCCUGCUUAAAAAUAAGUGAUUCGAAUUUGGAAUGAGUGUUAAAAAUAAACGGAAAAUGUGGCUUAGAACGACCGUGCUGUUGUUGUGUACAUUUUUUCUCGCAGAGGCCGGAAGAUUUAAAAAACAAGGACACAAGCAUUUCAAAAACUUCAAUCACGUCCGACGAAACGUCUCUUCCAAUUUCGGUUUGUGGCCAUCAUCGUUCAACUUAGCCACGAAAGCUAUAAUUUCUGCGAACGCAACUUGUGGCGAAAAUGGCCGUGAAGAGUUCUGCAGGAUGCUCGAAGGUGGGAAAGGACGAUGCGGAAUCUGUGAUAAUUUCAGCACCGAUCCGGGAAAAAAGCAUCCAAUUAGCUACGCGAUCGACGGCACACAUCGCUGGUGGCAGAGUCCGGCACUGUUUUACGGCAGUAAAUACGAAUAUGUCACAAUUACUAUCGAUCUCAAACAGAUAUAUCAAAUCACUGACAUCAUAAUUAAAUCAGCAAACUCCCUCCGCCCCGGAACCUGGAUUCUGGAGCGUUCCCUCGACGGCAAGAAUUACGAACCUUGGCAAUACUUUGCUCGUAAUGACAAAGAGUGUUUCGAACGUUUCGGAAUUUCCGGAACGAAGGGCAAACCUCACUAUUUUACCGACACCGAAAUCAUCUGCACCUCUUUCUACUCCAAGCUGACACCGAUGGAAAACGGCGAGAUUCACACUUCUCUGAUCAACGGCCGUCCCGGAGCAAACGAAUCGAGUCCGGAGCUUCUGGAAUUUACCAAAGCCCGUUAUGUCCGUUUACGUCUGAUGGGACUUCGAGGCACCAUCGAACCCCUUCCUUACUGGUUCUCCCAGGAUAUUUUAAAAGAGAAAAAAUUGUUUUACACAAUUCGGGAUAUCAGCAUCGUUGGCUACUGCGUCUGUAAUGGACAUGCUGAAAACUGCCGGCAUAAUGUGGCUUCCGGGCAUCCUGAGUGCGAAUGCGCCCACCACACGUGCGGCCCCAACUGCGACCGCUGUUGUCCCAUGUACAAUCAGCGGCAAUGGGGCCCCGGUUCAUCUCGAGACGCCCGUCAAUGCCUCCCCUGCAACUGCCACGGUCAUGCAACGUCCUGCCACUACGACGAGUCCGUAGACAAAGCCGGCCUCAGCAUGGACAUAAACGGCAAUUACCAAGGAGGAGGAGUUUGUGAUAAUUGUACAGCACACACAACCGGUAUUAAUUGCGAACGGUGCUUGCCGGGGUAUUAUCGACCUUAUGGAACUGUAAUUUAUGCGGACAAACCCUGCUUAAAAUGUGACUGUGAACUUCCAGGAUCGGCCGGUACAUGCAUACAGGAAGGAGAGGGAGCCGGAAAUUGCCAUUGUCUACCCGGAUAUGAGGGCGAAAAAUGCGACAAGUGCGCGCCAGGGUUUAAGGGGUGGCCCACUUGCGAGUCGUGUCCUUGCGACUCGCGGGGGGUGAAGCACAUGGAGGACUGCGAGGGGGAGUGUGUUUGCAAGACUAACGUUGAAGGGAAAUUUUGCGAUCGUUGCAAGUCCGGUUAUUUCUUCCUCCAGAGCGAAAAUCCUGACGGCUGCAUUCCCUGCUACUGCUCCGGGAUGACGAAUUUGUGUGAAGUUGCCCUCGUAACCCCAAAACAGAUCCAAACUCUUGAGAAUUGGUUGACAACGAAUCAGAAAAUUUCUGAAGUUAGUAAACCUAUAUGGGACUUCAAGGGGAUUUUUUCAAUGGGAAGCUACGAGUUUUCCAAUUCUGAAUCUUUGUAUUGGUUAGCACCAGACGUGUAUUUGAACAAUAAAUUAGAGUAUUAUGGAUCUGUUUUUCUUUUUAAAGUCCACUGGGUUAUAAUGAGGGGUGACACUAGUGGGAAGCCCACAAUCGGCCCAAAUAUGAUAAUUGUGGGUGCCAAUGGUAUGAAAAUCGCCCAUGGGAACGAAUCUUUGACUGUCUCAAACGCCACAUUUGAGAUACGUUUGAAGGAGGAAAAUUGGUACCACCUCGACUCAAAUUUGGCAGUUUCUCGCACCGAAUUUCUUAGUGUCUUGUCAAACAUCAGUCAUAUCCUCUUACGAGCGACGUUUCACACCGACCAAAUCGAAUCUUUACUCGAAGAAGCAACGAUGCGUGCUGACAGCCAAUCGGCACUAGACGUGGAAAAGUGUCUAUGUCCUUCAGGAUAUACAGGAUUAUCGUGCGAGUCGUGUGCUUUCGGCCACGUUAGAAUCGAGACAAACGCGUCAGCUGAAAGUUAUUGUGCGAAAUGUGAUUGUAACGGACACUCGGAAACUUGUAAUUCCGACACAGGCGAAUGUUUUUGUCAACAUAAUACCACUGGUGAAAACUGCGAAAGAUGUAAACCGGGAUUUUAUGGUAAUCCAUUGCGAGGAACGAAGGAAGCCUGUAAAAAAUGUGCGUGUCCCUUGGAAAAUGAUGAAAAUAAUUUCAGUCCGAGCUGUCAGUUGGAUUAUUUAAAUGAGGAGAGCGAAGAGGAGAGCUACGUCUGCACCCAAUGUCCUAAAGGAUAUACGGGAGAUCAUUGCGAAAUAUGUGACGACGGCUAUUUUGGUAAUCCGAUGGAACUGGGAAAUGUAUGCAAACCCUGCGAUUGUAACGGAAGUCCUUGUGAUAAAAUCACAGGACAAUGUUUGAAUUGCAAGGGUAACACAGAAGGUUGGCGCUGUGAAAAGUGUAAACUUGGGUAUUACGGUGAUGCCCUAAUGUCCAAUUGUAUUCCAUGCCAGUGUGAUACAAUAGGAUCACUUUCAAAAAGUUGUGAUUUUGAAACUGGCCAAUGCGAGUGUAGGGAGCGCUUCACCGGCAGGACUUGUAAUAAGUGUGAGCCAGGAUAUGGAAAUGUGACAGCCUUGUGUGUGCCUUGUGGUUGUAACAAGAUUGGAUCGACAUCAUUAAUCUGUGACCAACAUACGGGACUUUGUGAAUGCAAGCAGGGAGUCGAUGGAUUUUAUUGUGAUGCUUGCCAGAAUGCGUAUUAUGGGUUGUCGGAAACUGGAUGCAAAGAAUGCAAUUGUGACGAACAAGGCUCGAAAAUCCAAGCAUGCGACCCGAUAACCGGCCAAUGCCACUGCAAACCCAACUACAUCGGCCCAAAAUGCGAUAAAUGCAAACCCGGUUACUGGAAAACGAAAUCCGGGUGUUCCCCUUGUAACUGCAACUACAACGGUUCAACGAGUCUUAACUGCAACCCUCAAACCGGAUUAUGCCCCUGCAAACCCGGAGUCGAAGGACGCAAUUGCGACACGUGCAAGGAUAAACACUACGGAAACGUUGCAACCGGUUGUAAACUUUGCGAUCCUUGCGACAAACCAGGGCACAUCUGCCAUCCGGAAACCGGAAAAUGUGUUUGCCCGCCACUGACAACAGGAAAAAAAUGCGACCAUUGCGUCCCAAAUGCUUAUAAUCUUGAACCCGGAAAAGUUGGAUGCAAGCCCUGUGAUUGCUCGAAAAGCGGAAGUUUGUCCCAGCAGUGUGAUGAAUCCGGGAGGUGUAGUUGCAAGACAGGGUUUGAGGGGGAGAAAUGCAACCGAUGUUUGUUUGAUUACUACGAUUAUCCUAAAUGUCGCAAAUGUGGCUGCGAUAUUGGGGGAACAAGGCCCGAGGAGUGUAUCAACGGACUUUGCAAAUGUUCGCAGGAUGGAUGCAAAUGCAGGGCCAAUGUUGAAGGGAGAUACUGCAACAAAUGUAAAGUCGGCACUUUUGGGAUUUUCCCAAACCAUUUUGAGGGCUGCUUGGAGUGUUUCUGUUCGAGCAGGUCGGCGGAAUGUUCGGCUUCGAGGAGUGUUUGGGAGCCGGUUCGGAGUACAAAUAUUCAGAAACUUCCAGCUCGCGAAUGUGUUAACAAAAUUUCCUGUUGGCAACUUCCGGACAAGUUCCAUGGUGAUUUAAUUCGAUCUUAUGGAGGAUAUUUAAGAUUAUCCACAAAUGAGUCCGGACAUUUCAAAGUGUAUUUAACCGGAAACGGUGUAACUUUAGAGAGUGUCAGUAAUCCUUCCGGUUAUAUAAACAUUUUGGAAACUUCUUGGAAACUCAAAUUUAACACAGACCCACCGAAACUGCCCUACGAAUGUCACAGUUUUCUAACAAGACCGUGUCUUAUGGUUGUUUUGCAAAACGUUUCCGGGAUCCAACUCGAACACAAACCUCCAGUUGGACACUUGAUAUUCCACGAUGUUGUCAUUGAUAAGGAAGCAAAUAUUUCGGAUAAAACGCACGAACAGUGCGUUUGUCCCGACAAAUACACUUCAUCUUCUUGUCAAGACCCAAAUACUGGCUAUUACCGAUAUUACCCAGAAGACACAGAACCUGGAUAUAAUUACAUCGACCGAAUCAUCGGUAUAGCCAAACCUUGCCAAUGCAACAACCGGUCAAACAUUUGUGACAAAAACACCGGCCAUUGUCUUAAUUGUACAGACUCGACCACUGGACCUCACUGCGAAUUUUGCGCCGAAGGCCACUAUAUGGACACUUCCGGAAAAUGCCUCCCGUGUUUAUGCCCUUCGGAAAGUCAAAAUUUUGCCAAAAAUUGUACACCAAACGGACCUAAUAAUUUUAUAUGCAUUUGCAAAAGAGGCUACUCGGGCCAUAGAUGCAACACUUGUGAAAAUAACUACUGGGGGAACCCCCAAACCGGGGGUACUUGCCAACCUUGCAACUGUAACCCUUAUGGCAGCGAAAGUUUAAAAUGUGAUAAAACAACAGGGAAGUGUAAGUGUAAACCGGGUUUUAUGGGUGAUAAGUGUUCAAAAUGUUCGAGUUUGAGACACGUAAUCCAAGAUGGCAUCUGUAUUUCGUGCGAUGAGUGUACCCAAAUUUUGUUUCAUACAAUUGACGAGCUUUCGAAUAGUCUUAACGACACUUUGGAUAGUCUUAAGGAUGGUAUAGGACCGCCAUGGACUCGCCUUAAGGAGAUUAGUGACCGUCAUAAGACUUAUUCGUAUCAAUUUGACAAUUUGGAAACGGCCAGAAAGAUUAUAAAUGAUGCCAAUAUUCCAGAAAUGGAGAAACGGGUUGAAAAAAUUAUUCGAAACUUGCCGAAACGUAAUGAAAUCUUGUCGGAACAGACCAAAAUAAUUAAUGACAUGUCACAAGAGUCUAAAAAAUUAUCAAAGACAGUGCAAGAGCUUGACGAUAGGGUCAACACUUUGAUUGAAAAUAUCAACGGGUUUGGCAAAUCGCAAGUCGAUGUAAAUGAGGCACUACGUGAGGCAAAAGAGAUUCUAGAUGAAAUAACAGACAUAGCAAACGAAGCACCUAUUUUCCAAUACGAAGAAAUUUUCAAAAAGUGUCAGAAACUGUUCGAUAAUGUUAACCAAAUUUAUGGCAAUGAUAUAAAUACUGCCGAAGUUGAAAAAAAAUUGAACGAUCUAAGGCACCGAUUAACUAAACUUAAAAAGUUGUUAGACCACACAGAGCGAACAAAUCGACAUGCGAAAAACAAGAAUGAUCAAAAUAGAAAACGAAUCCGGGCCUUGAAAGACACCGUAGAUCGAAUUAAUGAUCACAACUUUAUCAUUAAUAAAGACAUUGAAAAUGUGUUGAAGAAAAUUAACGCCACUAACGACUUAUUAAUUGACAUGGAAGCCAUUUAUCAAAUUUUGUCAAAAACAGAUAUAGAAAACGCGACGAAAGAUUUGGAAAAUGACGAUAUUGACCAACUCUACGAUACCUUAUCUUCGGUGAGAGACCACGUGAAACAGUUACAAGACAAAGUUAAGUUCUACAAGACCGUUUUUAAUUUCACUUCCGAGGAAUGGACUAAAAUCAACGCGAGUGCCUCAUAUGAUAACAUUGUCAAAGGGAUUGAAGAGGCAAGACGAGAGGCGAAUGAGGCUCGGGACAUUACAUUAAAAGUUUUGAAAAAAUUAUAUCCUUCAAACGACGAUUCCCUCAAUGAUAAAUCUAAUCUAGCCAAAGCUUUUUCCGAUCGAAUUCAGAAACGAAUUUUAAAUUUGAAAAAUCUGUCUGACGAGUUUUCCAAAACUUCCGAACAGUUGGAGGAUUUAAAACGAGAUAUUCUCUUCAAUGGUAAAAACAACAACGAAUUAAACUCAUUUUUGCGCGAUAUACAGAAAGACAUAAGAAAUCAGUCCGACAUUAUUUCAAAACUGAAGAAAAGUAAAAACGAUGCUCGGAAUGUCUCAUCGAUGAUUGCGUCGAUCGAGCAAAGGGUUAGGGAUACGAAUAUUUCGCUCCAGUAUGAGUUGACUAAAAGUUACUACAAUUAUUUGAAUCUUACUUCAGCUAAAGAUAUUGCAAAACUUAUGGAGCGGAUUAAAAAAACUAGAAAAGAAUUGCAAAAUAUCAACAUUUCGUUGAAUAACACUGCUAUUGACCAAACUAGAAACAUAAAUACGAAUAAAUUUAACAUUACUGAUAAUAAUCUGAAAAUGGUUAAAAACCAAAUCGAACAAUUGACGAAGAAAAUUCGGGAUGCCAACGAGAGAGUUGAAUCGGUCGAUUACGGGGUUAAUAUAACUAAAUGUGAAAGACUCUACAAAGUCCAAAAUGAUAUUUUCCGUUCCUUGAAAAUUCGAUUCAAGUGCAAAACUUGCAAUCUGUUCGAAAUUUCUAAUUCUAGAAAUCAAAGAAUUUGGUUACGUUAUGAGGACGAGAUGGUGUUGGUAUCAUGGAAUAAUCAAAAUGCGAAUAUUUCGAGUUCUAAUUUGGUUUCAAUUCAAAGGACCGGCACUAACAUCCUCCGAAUUGAAUCAGAAAAAGACAGAGCAACAUUGAAUAACAUUGAUCCCUUCUAUAUUGAAGACUCUUAUCCUUUAAAAAUCGGAAAUUUUGAACAAAACAACUCGACCGACGCUGCCAUCCACAAAAUUAUUUUGAACGGCCAAACCAUCGGUCUUUGGAAAUUCAAUCAAUCUAAAGGCCAAUGUCUUGGAUUCGUUCAAAAUACCAGUAAUGACGGCCUUGAAGACGUCUUCUUUGCCGGUAACGGCUACCGCCACCUCCAAAAAGACUCGUUGAGAGAAUUAUUCCCCAAGCGACUCAAUUUCAAAUUCUACUUUUCGACUUUUGACGAAAACAGUCUCCUUUUUGUGGCCCAAGAUACGACAAACAUUUCGUCAUUUAUUGCUCUCAAUCUUGUCGACGGAAAAGUCGAGCUUAAAGUACGACAUGUGGAUGGGACAAGUGUGAGACUUACAUCCAAGGAAAAGUACAAUAAUGCCAAAGACACAACUGUGGAGGUUACGAUGUUAUAUGACGAGGAAAAACAAACUUACUCUUUAAAAAUAUUAUCAUCGAAAGAGGAACCACAAGAGCAAUCUAGAGUGUUGGCAAGAGCUAACGUUUAUAAAAUUAAAAAAUCGGAAGCUUUCAUUGGAGGAGUUUCGAGUAGUUCUAAGGACAAAAUUCCGAUUGAUAUUGAUACGACUUCGUUCUUAGGGAAUUUGAAAGUGAGCAGUGAGAAGUUGGUAGUCAUCAGCCAGAAUUCCUUCUCUUAUAAUAUUGAACCUAGACUUCAAAAUUUGGAACUGAACAAGACUUGGUUUUCUGGUAACGGAUUUGUGAAUCUUCGAAUUCCUUCUAGUUUUACAAAUUUUGCGUUCCAUUUUCGACCAAUCCACGUUGAAAAUCUUUUCAUUAUGAAUAUUGGCGACGAAAUCGAUAUUUACCUCGACAAAGCUCAUCUUAUUUUUAAAACACUAAACAGCGAAAUACCUUUCCAGACACCUAUUUGUGUCAAUAGCAGCUACUUCGUCAACAUCAACUCGACCAGUGUCAGCGUGAACGGCAAUGAAAUGAGUUGGAACCAGCCGGUGGAAAUUGCCAAAAUUCGAAACAUCUUCUUAGGGGCUUACAAGAAUAACAAUCGGCAAAAUUUCAGUGGAAGCAUUAGAGAUAUUUUUGUUGAUGACCGUCCAGUCACUUUCAACAUCAGCACAAUCAAAUCUUUCGCUAAGGCUCAAAUUGGUCGAGACUACCCUUCAACCCUUCAAUCGAAAAGCGAAUGUAUGAAUUUUAUGCAAAAUACCGAACGUUACUUUCGCACGCCUGACUAUAAAACCGAGCCGCAAGCCUUCAAAUUCGGCGAUAAAUUGAACAGUUAUGUCUUCAUCAAAAACACAUUUGGUGGAAAAAAAUUCGUGAUGGAGUUUCAAUUCCGGACGUUUUACCCCAAUGGGCUGCUCUUUCUGGCACAUUCAAUGAAUAAAAAUCUAACGUUUUACACCGUGUUGGAAGUCCAUGGGGGCGACAUAAGACUGUGGGUUCAGGGCCACAAGCCUAAAAAAACUAAUAUGACCAAUCGACUAAAUGAUGGUUCCUGGCACCACGUCCUCGUCGAACAAAUCCUCGGCAAAAAAAGGUGGAGGAUAGUAGUGAAAGUUGAUAAGAAAUGGAAGGUGAAAGAUAGGACGCAACGCAAUAAUUUUAAUGGCGAUUUCUACUUUGGAGGCGUCUCAGAUAAUUACGACGUUCAUAAAAAAUUAAGGAACGAAUUGUUGCCUUUUAGAGGCUGUAUCCGGUCAUUGAAAAUCAACAAAAAUUUGCAAGUGGUUAAAAAUAAUAAUAAUGUUUUCUACAAUAAUAUAGGACAGUGUUUCCAAAAUGUAGAAGAAGGGGCCUAUUUCGGAGGCGACGCUUAUGCGAUUUAUAAAUACGACUUCAAAGUGAAUAAAUAUCUAGAGUUGGGGUUUGAGUUUAAGACUGGAGAGCCCAACGGUAUUUUCCUGAGUGUCUCAAAUCCGCGCAACAGUCCCGCCCUAUCGGUUGAGUUGCAAAAUGGCGCUGUAGUCAUGACGAUUGAUAUGGGAAAUGGGAUUAUUUCUAAAGUCACAAAUAGCCCCCAUUCGGACUUGACUCUUGCCAAUAAUGAAUGGCAUAAUUUGACAGCUUUGUAUUCUAGUUUUGAAUUAACUGUUAAUGUUGAUGGAGUUAGGAAAAGUUGGGUUCAAUCUGAUGUUAAUUCGAUGGUUGAUGAAAUCGAAGCGCCAUUGUAUAUCGGGGGUUUACCAAUUAACGCCCCCAGUGGUACUUUGAAAAUUAAAGAAAAUUUCAAAGGGUGCAUACGUAAAUUCAAAAUCGAGGAUACUUUAAUGGACUGGACAGAUAUGAAAGAACUGAAUAAUGUACAAAUCAAUUCGUGCCUUGUUUAGUUGAUAAUUUUUAUAAAAAAAUCGACGUAUUUUUUAUACUAUCGAGUAUUUUAUUACAGAGUAUUAUUUAUUACUACGUAUUGUAAAAACUGCCUGAAUUGUAAAUACCUAAUUUGUAUUUUGUACAUAAUUUUAUUUAAUUAUUUUAUUUUCUUGCAUGCCAUAUUAUCUUUAGCGUUAGAGAAGCAUUAUGUAUGUAAGAGUACCUAUUUGUAAAUAAAUUGUGUUGAAGAAAA